GAAGUCGAAGCUUCGUUUCUGUUGAAGAAUCCAAAGAAGAAGAAUAUCGACCUCCAUUUUUUUCUCAAUAGUUCUUUCAUCGACGAUCUUACCGAUAGAAACGACUUAAUAGGAAGUGAGGUUUUAAAACAACUAAGGUCAAAUACGUACUCACAAAUAUGUGGGAUGGGCGAGGCCAAGGACCACGGGGAGGACCACCAUUUCGUGGUGAUCACCGUGGAGAGAUGUUUGGGGGAAGAGAUCGUCCAAUGCCAGAUUUUAGAGGCAGAGAUGGAAUGAACAUGGGCCCCAUGGGUCCUAUGGGUCCCAUGGGUCCUAUGGGUUUGAUGCAUCCAGAUAUACCACCUAUGGACAUGAGGAGGAUGGAUGGUCCCCCCAUGAGGAUGCGUGAUAUGGAUCCACAUGAUAUGCGAGGAAGAGAGCCAAAUCCAAAUUUCUUCAGACCUGGAGCAGAGCAAGACUUCAACCCCAGGAGGCCCAUGGAAGGUCCCUUCAGAGAUAAACCAAUGAAUCCCCCUGGUUUCCCAGGACCAGGUAGGGACUUGGGAGACAUGGGGGGGAGGGGUAUGCAUUCACGGGAUUCAAACAACCGAUUUAUGGACAGGGAGUCAGGUCAUUUUGAACCUCGGUUUCACAAUCCUAAUGUUGAUGGAAGAAGGGGGUUUCCUAUGGAUCGAACGGAAAGAAAUGAUGGAUUUAGGGAUAUGCAUGACAGGCCUCCAAUGGGCAUGGAUGAUGUUGAUUAUGACAUGGAUUUACCUCCACGUGACAGGAGAAUGAUGGACACUGACAGGAGAGUAGGCCCACCUUUCAAUCAAAGAGGUAGAUUUGAAUCGGAUAUGGAUUUUAGAAACCGACCUGGACCAUCAGGGGAAUUUAGAGCUAGAGAUCGAUCACCUUUAAGGUUUGGAAAGAGUGAUGUUCCUACAGCAGAAAGGGAAACAUCAGAUGUGCCCUCAGAAGCUGUUGGUCCUCAAAGAUCAGAGUUUAUGGGUGCAGGAGACGCAGUUGGCAAGAGAGAGUAUCAAGAAUCAAGUGGUAGUCCUCUUAUGGAUUAUCGAAGUGGUGAGGAAAUGACUCUUGCAGAAGAAUGGAAGAACCGGCAGAAGGACAAGGGUCCUUUCAUGGGUAAAGGUAUAGGGCCUGGACCAGAUCCCAAUUUCCCUGUAGGCUUUAACAUUCGCAAUCCACCACCCUUCCAUGAUAGGAAUAAGCCACCUGUUGGCUUCCCAGCAAAAGCUGCUGGCUUUCCCCGUGGUCCACCGGAUCAUCUGCUCCCAGAAUUAGGUCCCCUAACUGGCCGUAUGGAUAGAGAAAAUAAUCAGUGGCUUGGAGAAAGGGACCCAAAGUAUGCUCAGAAUAAGCCAAAUAGCGCUGACAGAUCCACUUUCCAUCAAGAGAAGAAUCAGCCCUCACAUGAGGUUCAGGAUCCCAGUGAUUGUUUUAAAAGAAUCAAAGAUGGACCUCCCAGAGAUAAGCUUGGGGAAGAACAUGACUUCCUAAGCAGCAGUACAGUACAGGCAAAAGAUCAAGACUACAGGGACAUUGAUUAUCGGACAGGAUCUGGAAGAGUGUUUGAAUACAAACAUGAAGAACUUCAAGCUCCAGAAAAACUCCUCAAAGACUCCAAACCAACGGCGCCUACAAAGUUCACUGAUUCUGGUUCCCAGGAUCAGGAUUACAGGAACGCUUCACUGAAGGACAAAGUUUCAAAUAUUAUAUCCAUCUCAGGUAUUCCAAAGAACGCCACAAUGGAGCAGAUUCUUGGUGCCUUUGCAACCCGAGAUGGCGUGCCAAUGCAGGGGAUGAAAAUCAAAAAUGUUGUGCCAGGUUACAGCUACGAUAUGGCCUAUGUGGAGUUUUUAAACCUCGAGGAUGCAGUCCACUUCAUGGAGUCCAACAAGGUGGCCCAUCCUCGUCACUCUACGAAGGCCGUCUCUCCCAUCAGGAUUACGAGGGGUUGAGAGGGCAUUCAGUAGCAGGGGGUGGGGAAGAAGCUGGGAAAGGGUUGCUAUUAUUACUGACGUUAUCUUGGUGCAGGACAUGAGAUGUUUGUCGACAGUUGGUCCUGAUCUUGCAUAGUUAUGCAGAGCCACCAUGGACGCAGUACUAAAGGUUUCCUGUCGAGUCCUUCUGCACUAUUUAGUUAAGGAUUUAGAAAAGUAUUAUUUGGAAACUGUGUUUACACAGGCAAAAAAUAGCUUUGCCUCCUUUGGGUAAAGCCAUCCCAUCUUUACUUUUUAAAUUGCAGCUGCAGACGACCUUACUCUGGAAUAGUUUUUUUUUAAAAGUCACUACAGUCAAUCCAUUGGAUUACUUGAUAUACGUUUAUGAGGAACAUCAACUUUGAAGUUAAAGUUUCUUUACUGGGCUGCCUUUUUUCUGAUGGGAUUUUGGUUUAAACGCAGGGGUGAUCUAAAGAAAGUUGUCCGCGACACUUGUAAGACUUUUCGUGAACUGAUUUCUCUUUUUCAAGGAAGCAGCUGCAGAUUUAAACACUGACCAGUCUUUCAAAAGAUUUAAGGGGCAACGUUAGGACGACUUUUUUUUUUUCCUUACCGUCAUACAUUUUUUUUGUUCUUGUUUUUGCUGCCACUGGCUGACGAGGUUGGCUUGUUUUCAAAGGACGAGGAGGCUUUAUAAGUAGCCUCUGCUUAAGUGCCGGAUGGUUAGAACCUGGAAAGUUGUGUUGGACAGCGGUUUUUGGACGACUUAUUUGAAAGUGACUCUUAUUGAGAUUUAGGAAUUCAGAAAGGCAUUUUGGAAAAGGGAUCUUUUGCACAGUCGUUCAGAGGAUUUAUUAAUCUUUUCUGUUAAUGUCACAUAAAUGGUGAAUCAAUAUUCUGUCGGUUUUUAGCUGCACGGAAGUUUUACUUUAGAGGUCGAAAAAACAUUUAGAUGCUUUGCCUUCGUAGUUUGUUUUUGCUGUCAGACAAACAUGAGGAUGUUUUGGUUUUAAUCCAAUGAUUUGGUAGGUAUUAUGUUGCUUACCUUUAAAUGUUUUCAGCUAGUUACCGUGUGAGAAACUGCUGAUUUAAGGGAUGUUACUUUUCCUCUAGCAACACAGUUUUUUGAUAGCUUUGGUUGGGAUGUUCUCCAGCUUUGUGGAUUUUGAUCCUCUCAUUCUUCUUCAUGCACCACUUUCAGGUGUAAUUCUUUGUUUAGCAUCUCACUAAACUAUAGGAGUUGCUGCUGCCUAUUUGUCCUCAGAAUUCUUCACCUUCCCCUCAGCACAGAGCUGUUCUACCAGUUCCUCAUGAGUCAUUUGUGAUUUUUUUUUUUUUAUUUUUUUUUUUGUCUUUCCUCCAAAGGUGUGAACAUCCUUUCAGUGGUACUUUAGAGAACUUUGAUUUCAGCAUGCUUUGUAUUGAUUGCAGCAGUUCUUGAAUGAAUUUGACUCCUUCUGAUUUGUAUCAAUCUUCACAGGAAACAUGAUUAUGCAGUGGUCAUGUUUUUAAAAGAACAAAGAGCAAAAAAAGCAGAGAUCUCCUAUUUGGAGAUUAAAUGAGUUGGAUAAUUGCUGAAACACCUAGCCUUUAUCAUGUUUUACUUGUUGGUUACUUUUGCAUAAUUUCCUUUCUCCUUUGCUGUAUUUAUUGUUGUUUGCAUCAGACUAAAAAUAGAAACUAAAUGAUGCACCCAGGUUUGCGAGGAAUGGGUCCGGUUUUGUGCUUUUUAUGCUGACGGACCUUGAUGGUCAAUUGUGUCCAUUUCUGAAUCCCAUGGUUAAUUAUACCUUCUAUAACAGAGAUACUGUGGAAUUAACACGCAAUAAGGCCAGUCUUCAUUUGAAAUGCAGACUGCAGUAGAAGUUGGGCUGAUUUAGUUUUAUGUGGUAGAAAGUGUGGUUUGUGUUUCUGAAUUGCUGAGUGUGUGGUUCUCAUUUGGCACAAAGAAAUUCUACUUUUCCUUUUGGCGACCAGAUAUGAGUCUUCUUGAUACCAGAGUCAGAAAAAAUAAAGCUUUCGCUGUCAUUGCACAAAAACAAAUUAUGCAUGUAUAUCUAUAUAUCUCUCUAUAUAGAUAUAGAUGUUUACAGUCAAAUAUUGGUGUGAUGGUUGAACGGUCUGUGGUUGUAGCCUUUCCAUCCAGGAUUUGCUUUUUAUUUUCUCUAGUUAUCGUUUAGUUUCGAUCUCACAAAAAGCAUUUUGAGAGUGUCGCUUUUGGCUUGAAAAAACUGGUGGUUUCCCCUAUUUUCGGACAUCGCGCAAAUCAAGCAUUCCCUUUCAUGAGUGGACGCUGUAGCGGACAGGUAAAUAAUGAAAACAACCCCUAGUUGCUCUCCUUGUUUAAGGGGAAAAGGCGAAGCCUUAGACCCGGUCCUGGCACACUGCCUUGAACGCCGGGCCAUUUUCUCCUCAUCAUUAAAAAGAGACUAAACCUGCCAUAGGGCAUGUUGGUAUUAUGUUUGACUUUGCAGCUUAUAAAGUAAAGUGCUGAGUGGGGUUUUCUGUUUUUCUUCCAGGGAUCCCUAAAGGUUGGCACUAGAACGACUUCUAUGAAGUUUAUCCAGCCUGAUGAGUGUGAAAGGAAUGUUCAUGAAUCAGAUCACAAAGCACGUCAACCUCAAGAUUCCCAGUUGCACACAUCAGAUGUUCCUUUAGGAGAGUUGAAGAUGGACCGCAAUGGGUCCAGCCCCAGAGGUCCCAUGGAGCAGCUGUCACACAACCAGUGGCAGCGGAUGUCGGACCUGACCCCAGAGGCCUGGCAACAGCAGGUGGACCAGCAGCUCCAGCAACAGGAAAGCGAGCAACAGGCAGAGUCCUGGAGCGGCCGCAACCCUCCUCCCCAAAGCUCCCAGCAGUCCAGCUCCGUCUUCAAAGACAGCAAAACCAUGAUAAUAAAAAAUGUGAAGCCCACAACCACAGUGGAGACCAUCCUUAAAGCCUUGGAUCCGUAUGCGUAUCUUGAUGAGAGAAACGUGCGCCUUGUGAAGGGAAAGCCCCCGGGAACAAAGUGCUUCUGCUUUGUUGACAUGGACUCCCAUGAGCAAGUGACUCGUCUGGUGGAGCUGCUAACUAAACCCAGGCCCCUUUAUAUCGACGGAGUCAGAGUUUAUGCUGAGGUCGCAAAACCCCUGAAGAACCAGAAUUUCAGAAGAGAUCUCGAUAAAUCUAACACCUCUCUCCUUGGACUGCCGCCUGAUGCCAGCAUGAUGGCAGGGGGAUUUCAGCAGCAGCUGCCAUUGCCACUUCCUCCCCAGUUCUUGCAGCCGCCUACUGGAGCCCCUACAACAUUACAAGGUGAUGUGAUGACUGGCUGCAUCAACACUACUCUGCCACCAGAUGCCAGCAUGAGCCAGGGAGUUGACUUUGGGGAACCUCCAGCUUUAAUCCUACCCUACCCGGCUGGUGGACUUCAUGUGCCCACAGACUCCACAGGGAUAACGCCCACCACAGAUGGGGCUCUGACUUAUAUUUAUGGCUCUGAGACUCCUGACGUGUCCAGCUACCUGUACGAUUCCACGUCUGGCUUCUACUACGAUCCUGAGACAACGCUGUACUAUGAUCCAAACUCCAGGUAUUUCUACAACGCUCAAACCCAGGAGUAUCUGUACUGGGAUGCGUUGUCAAAGACGUACAUCCCAGUCCCAGGAGGGACCCCCGCAGACCCCCAGGCUGCAGCGAUGACUGCAGAGGACCAGGCCAUUCUUUCCAACCCUGCUGCAGAUGCUCCUCUGGACAUGAAGAAACCCUCCGUGCCAGAUCCAGCUUCAGCAGCCCUGGCACCAAUCCCCAUUUCAGCCGCCUCAGAGGCCGUCUCCACUCCCACAGCAGCCGCUGACAGGAAGGAGGAUGAGGACUCAGCGAAAAAGGACAAAGAAAAGGAUAACAAAGAAGAGAAGCCAAGGAGCCUCGCUGCUGUGAAGAUCAUGAAAGAUAUGGAGCGCUGGGCAAAGAUCCAGAAUCGGCAGAAGGACAGUGUCAGGGCUCUGUCUCCGGUCCGUAAAACUGGAUUAGAUGAUGAUAAGAGGCAGUCUAAGUCAGCCGAUGCUGCUUUCGCUAUAUUUGAGAGAAAGAUCUCAGGUGCAGAAGAUCUUUUUAAGAAGCCCCUUGCUCCUGCCAAGAAAGAUGAAAAGUCUAAGCGUCCAAUGGGCUCUCUGGGUUUGCUGGCAUCAGACUAUGGAGCUGGAAGUGAUGAAGAGGUGGAGGAAGAUAAGGAUGAAGUAGCUAAAACCAGUCAUAGCAGCCACUCCGAAGAGAAGGAGGACAAGCUUACAGACUGGAAGAAGAUGGCCUGCUUGCUGUGUAGGAGGCAGUUCCCCAACAAGGAUGCACUGAUCCGCCACCAGCAGCUCUCUGACCUGCAUAAACAAAAUAUGGAGAUUCACCUCAAGAUCAAGAGGUCAAAGAAGGAGCUUGAAGCACUGGAGAAUCAAGAAAAGGAACUGACUGCAAAAGAAACUUCUCGAUCACCAGAACAGAAAAGACGAAAACACCACCACCAACAGCCACAGCACCACAAUACCUGGGCUGGGAGCUCCAGACAAGACAAAGUGAGUGAAAGGCCUGGUUUAGGGGCGGAGCCUGUACAGCAGAGGAAGAAAGAGCCUGUUGUUUGGGACCAUGCCACCUACAAACAAGCAGUACGCAAAGCUAUGUUUGCACGGUUCAAGGAACUGGAGUGAUCUCAUCUGGACACAUCCUCAUUUUGAAAUGUGAAAUGUUAAUGAUGUGCUUGCCUACCUUGGCACAAGAAAUCCCCUUGGAUCAUCUUAAACAUGAUCAAACCAGAUGCUUUUUUUCUUUUUUUUCUUUUUUUUACACGUAAGAUGAACUUACAAGGGAUGUGACCUAAAAAACAUUGCAAUUCAACUUUGGAUUAAGCAGAAAUUCUUCUACAUCAACAGUGGAAUUUGUAUAAAGAUUUAAUGUUUUGUAUUUUUAUUCACAAAAUUUUUGUGGCAUUUAUUUACAAUUGUGACACUUGUCUUUUUUGUUGUCCCUUUAAUAAAUGUCAGGUUUGCCACAGAUCCAUUUUGUUUUAAAAAUGAAAUAUUUUUACUUUUUUUGUUUUCAUGGGUUGAAAUUGCUCUUAUAUAAUGUCUUUUUUAAGUAAAAAAAGAAAAGUCUGCAUCCACUUUUGUGUUUUGUUUGUAAUCUGCACAACAUCAUGUGGCCACUAGAUGGCAGGCUGACACCACAUUUUAUGACGAUGCGACUCCAUAAAUUGAGCUUCCAGAACCAAGCCCUCACUUUCCUUAAAAGUAUUUACCCAUACUGGGUUUUUUUUGUGGAUUUGACCUCCAAAACACCACAAUGUGUCUAAAAUCCAAGUUUCUUUAUGCUAUUAGAAUAAUUUCAGUUUAUAAAUAUAUGAUGUUUUAGAACUUAAAGACUCAGCUUUGACCUAU